AUGGACCACAUGUCUCCCAGGCUGAGAACCUUCCUUUCUGAACCCAUUGGAGAAAAGAAUGUUGCCUGGGUAGAUGGGGUCAGCCGUGAGCGCAUCAAUCUGUGCACCAAAGGUUUCAACAAGGCCUACGUCCUGCUGGGACAGUUCCUUCAGAUGCACAAGAACGAAGCCGAGUUUCAGAAGUGGCUCAUUGGCUGCUGUGGUGCCACUGAGUGUGAGGUGCUCCUGCUUCCUGUAGACCCUCCCCCGCACUGCCGCUAG